AUGUUACUUCUAAUUUCUCUACUCCUGCUACAUCAACCUGUUUUUUCAAAUUUUGUGACUUGUCCACAACUCUAUACUAGUAGACAGUCAUGCGAAUCUCAGAAGGGGUGCAUUUUCUAUGAUUGGAAACAAUCGACAUGUUAUUAUGAUUGUCCAUCCUAUCCACAAUAAGAAUGUAUUCUAUUGUUUAAUUGCAAGUGGGUGGAUCAACAAUGUCAAUUCAAGGCUUGUUUGGAUUAUUCAGAAUAGGGACCUAAGACUUGUUCCAAUACUCCUGGAUGCAAUUGGUACUGGAAUAAAUGUAGAUAAUAAGAUUGUCAAGAUAUUGGAGCAUCUACUUAAGCUGCUUGUUCCAAAACUUAUUGUGUGUGGGAUGAAAUUGGAACUAAAUGUGUCAAUAAAGCUUGCGCUGAUUAUACAAAACCUAUUUGCCAGUAAUUAACUCAGUGCACUUGGAGUUCUGAAACUUGCACAGAUGCCGUUUUCUCUAAUUAUGGCCAACUUUUAAUGACUUUAUUGAUAAUAUUAUUAUCUUGA